AUGGACUCCUGUGCCCUUCUCCGUUCGCAAGGUUGGCUUGGAACAGGGUAUUCAUUAAAUCGAGAAGCAGGGCGUGGGCUCAGAAAUCCAAUCAAGGUUCAACCAAAGAAUGAUGUCCUUGGAAUGGGCAAAAAGAAGCACGAGGCACUGACACAUCAGUGGUGGGCGACAGGAUUUGAUGACGUACUAAAGAGCGUCAAUGCCAGCGAGCAGGAAACCACAACAAAUUUAAGAGAGACUCCCUUGGCUCACCAAUCCGCGAGAGUAACGUUCCAUAGUUCUCGAGUGUCCAAUCUCUACAGUAGCUUUGUCAAAGGGGAGAGUCUGGAGGGUACUAUUACAUCCACUGCUAAGGAUACUCAAAGGCCAAUAGAGCAUUCAAAAGACAGUAACAUUAGUGACAUGAGCAAAAGCAACAUACCUAAAGGUGCUUACAAGGUUGAUGACAGAGGGACGAAACGGAAGAGGAGGAGGGCGGAAGAAGACGACGUGGCAAAAGAAGUUAGUCAAGAAGGAUUGAUUGUAGGGUCGUUCGAUUCCGUGGAGCAGUUUGUGGGCCAAGCAGCUCAUCGCACUAUGCAAGAUGCUUCGCAAAGGAAGAAGGUCAAAAGGAGGGCGCGGAAAGCUGCACGAGCUUGUAAGAAGGUUAUCUGA